CGGCCCGCGGCGGCGAUGGCGGCGCAGGCGGAGCUCGAGGCGGCCGUCGCCGCGCUCCGGGGCAAGAGGCGGCGCCACCGGGAGGCCUUCGACCGCCUCGCCGCCUGCUCCCCGGUCCCCGUCCCCUUCCGCUGGGAGGACCUCGACGCGCACCUCGCGUCCGUGGCCGCCCACUUCGGCCGUUUCGAGCUCGGCUCCCCACACGCCGCCGACGCCGACGCCGCAGCCGUAUCCGCAGCCGGCGCGGGCCCGGCCACUACUGGUAACCUCGUCGAGCAGCUGGAGGAAGAACAGCGCGAGGAGCGGGACCGGGAACGCCGCGGCGAGCGCGGCGCGUGGGAGGAGGGGCAAGGUAGCAAUGCCGAGGAAGGGGAGGAGGGCGGGAGCGCGCCCUUGGACCAGGAACGAGUGGAGGAGGAGGACGGGGAGGUCCGGGAGGCAUCCGUUGUGCUUCCCGGCCGAGAAGGUGACGAGGCGGCGAGCGAGCGGGUGGAGGCGGUGCCAAUCGUUCCGCCUCGAGAGCAAGACGACGGCGAGGAGGAGGAUGAUUCCACUGGGGCGACCAGGGGGUCUCCCCUGCUAGACAACGACGAUACUACCGAGAUGAUGGAGGAAGCGGAGGCGGCGAACGCGAGCGCGGACCGAGACGGCGGAGAGGACGAGCCGGAGGGGGAGCUGCCGCGCCCGCGCGCUACCGCCGUCGGCGGCGAAGAGACGGCUCUGGCGAGAGCCAUCGCGGCGGACCCCUCCACGCUGGCGGGCCUGCUGCGCCUCGGCAGCAGGAGCUCCCUCCGCGCGCGGCGCGAGUUCCUCCCGGCGCUGCUCGGCGCCGCGGACCCGCACGCCAUCCUCGUCCGCGCCGUCGGGGGAUUCCUGGCCUCGGCGGCGCGCAAGACGGAAAGGUUCUGGGGAAACUGCGUCGCGCUGAUCGAAUGCGUGCCCCGCCUCGCCGCGCCGUCGGCGGGCGCGCUGGAGCAGGCCGAGCGGGUGGCGAGGGACUGGAAGGAGAUGGUGGUCGGGAAGCCUUGGAGUGGCGGGGACACGAGCCGGAUGGCCGGAUGGGGCCUUCUCUCCUUCCUUGCUUCCUACAACAUUGUCCUGGAGUUCGAUGCUGAUGAGAUCGCCCGUCUCUUUGGCAAUCUCGCGCCCGAGAUGAAGGACGACUGCGUCGAGCUCUGCAAGCGCCUUGGCCUGAUCGAGAAGAUGACCGAUUCAAUCAAUCAUUUCAUCGAAAAUGGGCAGCCACUUGAUGCUAUCAGAUUGGCACGCACAUUCAAUUUGACACACAGAUAUCCUCCACUUACCAUCAUGAGUGAUUAUGUUGAGAAUGCCAAGAAGACUGCUGAAGACAUACUAAGCAAAGAAAGCUAUACACUGGACUCUCUGAAUCAAGUGAUUGCAAAAAAGGUCAAUGCUCUAUUAUUUUCUUGGAGUGCGAUUGAUGGCUGCAAUAUCGAUCCUGCCCAUCGUAACAGCAUCAAGGCAGAAAUUAACCACUUGUUACACAAGUAUGCAAACAAGCAGCAAAGUCUAGAAGGUGUUGCAGCCUUCAUUUCAAGUACACGUCAGGAGCACGAUUUUCAAGAGCAGUAUCACGAGCUACAAAUGCCACUGGAGGAGCAGCAGCAGCAAAGGCCACAAGAGCUGCAGCAAAGGCCAGAAGAAGAGGAGCAACAGCACCCUCAAAAUCAACAAGAACAAGGGUGGGUGUGUCAAAACCGAAAAGGCAGAAAGCAAGGUAAUAAGAAUCUCAAGAGAAAGCAGCGUAGGCAGAAACAGCAGGAACUGAAUAAACGCCUGAGGCUAUCUUCAUAUGUCAGGCCAGGAAUUCACAAUCAGUGCGGCCAAUCAUUUUCAGGAAUUCGAGGAGCGCCAUUCACGGCCCGUACCAGACCUCCAUAUUUUGGUCAUCGUUUUCAGCCUCGACGUAGAGAGUAGUAGUUGGCAAAGUGAUUGUUUGCCUAAACUGAUCGUCGAAAACAGAAGAGAAAGUUGUUCAGUGCUGACUGGUUUUGCUUAGCUUUUCAUACUGGAUCUGUACUGAUUAAAAGAUUAUGACUAGUGUAUAUGCUAUGUGCAGUUAUCUUGACAAGUUGACAUUACUGGAGCCUGAAUCACGACCCGUGACUUAGUAUGUUAUCAAGUUGUUACUGAAAUAUGAUUCUCUGAA